AUGUUUGGCGCAACUCGCUCUUGGACAUCCCCACGUCCCCUCGCAACCUCUAACUCACAGUUCUCAAAAACUCUCAACUCUACAUCAAUCAUGUCUGGCAAAGGAAAAGGCGGCAAAGUCGGUGGCAAGUCUGGUGGAAAGGCCUCUGCCGCUGGUGCUGAUGCCAAGGGUGCCUCUCGCUCAUCCCGAGCUGGUCUUCAAUUCCCCGUCGGUCGUAUUCACCGUAUGUUGAAGCGUGGCAACUAUGCUCAACGUGUUGGUGCUGGUGCUCCAGUCUACCUCGCGGCUGUCCUCGAAUAUCUCGCCGCUGAGAUUCUCGAACUCGCUGGCAAUGCUGCCCGUGAUAACAAGAAGCAACGUAUUGUUCCUCGUCAUUUGCAACUCGCCAUCAGGAACGAUGAGGAAUUGAACAAGCUCCUCGGUGAUGUUGUCAUCUCUCAAGGUGGUGUCGUCCCACACAUCGCUCCUGAGCUCUUGCCAUCCAAGACCAAGGGUAGCUACGAGGAAUAG